GAUAAGAACAAGAAAGCGAAGAAGGCUGCCGGCUCCACGGGUUUCUCGUACGUGUCGUUCCCGGAGAUUGACAGCAUCAUGCCAGCGACCAAGUUUCGACCAUCGUCAAAGCCUAUCCCUGACGAAAAGCUUGAUGCGCUGCAUAGAUACUUUCCUAUCUUGAUCAAGGCUUUUGGAGAUAUCAUUACUGGAAAGCGACUGCACUUCAUCGUGCCCGUGCUUGCAAGUGUCUGUGCGCUGUUCGAUGGAGGCGUCCAAAUCCUGGCCGAAGAAACCGUGAUUGGGAAACGUGUUCACGGAGACGGAGCCUUUGAGUUCGUGCUUAAGCGCGGCGAGAAACGAGUUUGCAUUGUGGAAGCGAAACGUGACGAUAUCCAGCAGGGUCUUGCUCAAGCUUACUUGGGAAGUGAAGCACUUGCGGAUGUAGAAGGACUGCCGAAAGUGUACAGCAUUGUCACGAACUUCUUGGAAUGGGUCUUCUCGAGAAGUCUGGAUGAAAAAAUUGAGCGUGCGACACCCGUGAUGAUGGUGAUGGAGAAUGACGUUCCUGCACCUGAAUCAGUGAAGCAGAUUGCGGGCAUGAUUUACUCCAUCCUGUCGGAAGAC